AUGGUUGGGAAGCAGGGGAAGGCUGAGGAGGAGUUCAUGGUCCAUAGCAGCAUUCCAUUGCACCAGAAAAACAUGAAAAUUAAACAGACUUCCCAGUGGAGGGGGCCGAAGCUGGCCUCAGGGCUCAGCCUGAUUGCCUUCAUCCUGCUGCUGAUCAUGGCCUUGUCCACAAAAUGGCUGUACCUCUCUUCAAGCCGCUUCUACCAGCGCUGGCCCACAAAUGUUACUCAUAGAAUCUACACAUCGGCUGUUAUCAUGUCCAUGGGACUCCUUCAGAUCUGCAGAUCCAAGAAAUGUCCCAUCUCAGAGAGCAGGAAAGUUGUCUUCAUUUUCUCCACCCUCAUGUUGUUUCCUGUUAACGUCUGGAUUUUCGAGUUGAAGAGGAAUUUAUCGAUCCCCAUUGGGUGGAGCUAUUUCAUUGGUUGGGUGGUGUUUCUCCUAUAUGUCACCUGUGCGGUCCUCUGCUACUUCGACAAUAAAAAUCCCUGGAGUCUGAUUCUGAGCCAUCCCUCUGGCACCGUGUCCUAGAACAGCAGUACCAGAUCAGUUUCUCUGAAUGAAUGGUCUCAAGCAUUUGUCACCCAGGAAGAAGUCCUGGAUCCUGAGCAAAAGAAGGGGUCUCUGUGACCUUUUCUGAACUCCAGGCACCAAGUUCUAUCCAUUCAUCUGAAUCACCCUCCUCAUUCUUCCCCACAACCCUUAAGUUAUUUGGUCCUUUUCAAUGCAAAUAAUUAGAAAGGGAGGAUUUUAGGCCUGUUUUAGGCCUGUUUUGCACUCCUCUUCUUUGUCUCUACUUUGCCUACAGUUUCGGGUAAUGUGGAAU